AAAACUCAAAAAAAGAGCAAAAAUGGAGCAGAUAAAGGCUCUGACUCUCUGUGUCUUUUAUCGAGACCAUUCUGAAUAUGGAAACGGUUACUCUCUCACACUUCUCAACUUUCAUUUGAACUUAACCAUUCCCACAAAAUCAGACCGCAAAGUCUCUGAACCUUUCUCUCUCUGUGUCUUUAAAAUCUUUUAUUUCUGUUUAGAUUUCUAAACAAUCUUUCAACAUUCAUUCUAGUAGGACUUCUCUCUGUAAGGGUUUCCUUUUUCCUUCUCAGCUGUGUAUUGUAACUGGUGUUAUUAAGUUGUUUUUUUUUUUUUAUUAGUACUUUUUUUUUCUGGGUUUCUUUGUAUAAGCUACUGAAAAAUUCAUUAUGGAUUUGCUUAUGUAAGAAUAUGGAUAUAAAAUGUAGCUUAAGUUUCUGUUUGGUUGCUGAGAAAAGAGGGGAAAAGAAGAAGAAUAAAGUUUGCAUUUAGAAAGUGAAAAAGAAAAAGUAGAAAAAAGACUAGUCAACUUGCCAAGUAGUUGUUUGUUUCUAACUAAGGUUCAGUUCUGUGUAUUUAUUCAUAUUGCUUCAAAUUUGACUUUUCGAAAUUCUUUUUGGGUUUUGGUUGUACCCUUGUUCAUAUUAAGGAAUGAAUUUAAUUUUCUACUAUGUGUAUGAAUUGGAUGCUUUGCUGCUGAUACUCAUCUUUUUGAGUUUUUAUUAUUUUUAUGAUUGCUGGCUUUCUGUUUGUAAUUUGAGAUUUCUGCAGGUUAAAUUUGUUUAUUGUAUUUUAUUUUAUCUUUAAUUUCGGAAAAUGUUAUGUGUGGUAUUGUUGUAAAAUUACUUCUGUCUAUUAUUUAAAAAAACCAAGAUCCAGAUGUAACUGAGUAUCUAAAUUCUCUCUACUUUAUGAAAGCCAAGCUCUUUAAAUUCAACGAGAGACCAAAAUAUUAUAUAAUAGUGAAAACCAAAUGGUGUGAUUUUCUUUGUAUUUUAUUUUACAAAUUUAUUUUCUUUUGUGUGCAUGAUUAUUUUAAGUUCUAGCGUCUUUACCUGUUCAAGUAUUACCUAGUGCUUGCUUAAUAUGGUUUCCAUCGUUAUAAUUUUUGCCUAGAAUCUUCAGGCCAACUACACUGUUAGUACUGGAAUCUUAUCCCAAGGAUCAUUAACUGUCACUAUUGGAGUUUUAAACCUUAAUGGAAUGCACGAGUGGUGCCAGGCUUGCUGGAGUUGGUUGUACUGCAAAGAAGAAAAGGAGUGGCAUGCCUCGUCGACCUCGCCCUGAUUUACGAUCAUUUAUACACUCAUGUACAUUUCUGCAACCAACCGCAGAAUCUAUUGAUGGUGGUAAUAUUGAUGGAAAUCAAUAUUUCAAAGAUACUAUGGUUGGUUCUGAUGGAUUAGGUAGUGAGAGUAGGCUGAAGCUUAAGCUCAAGUUUGGUGGGGUUACUCAUACAAUCCAAACCAAUUCAUCGGUGGAACAUCCUCAGCACCGGCAGAAACAGGACAAAGAUAUAAAUUGCUUCUAUCCUUCAGAGAAAGGAAAAAGCAAUGGACUUCAUAAGAAGGAUUUUCCCAAAAGUGGUUCUAGCUACUUAAAGCUGAGUUCUUCAAGGGGAAAAACGUCUGGAGGUGUCUCUGUGAACGAAACAUAUGAGUCAAUUCGUAAGAGUAAGCGAAUUCCUAAGAGACGUGCCUUGGAUGUAGGAUUCAAUGGAGAUGAUGAUAACGAAGAUGAAGAACUACGAUAUCUUGGGAGACUCAAUGAACCCAAGGUUGUGGCUAGCUAUGAAGAUGAGGAUACAGGAUUUGGGAAAGAACAAGGGACGUAUGAAGAUAAAGAUUAUGUGGAAGAAGAAGAACCUACAUCUGAAGAUGAACCUGGAUCUAAGAAGAAGAAACUUGAAAAGGUUGUUCUUGAUUCAUUUGUUGAACGAAGGAAUGAACUGAUUCCCACUACACGUAAUCGGGCUUUUCAUUCUGGGAAAGAUGUUUUGUCUAGGUCUGGUGGUAGCCUUAUUGAGUUUCCAAAUGGUUUACCAUCUGCCCCUUCUAAAAAACAAAAGGAGAAACUAUCUGAGGUGGAGCAACAACUGAAGAAAGCUGAGGCUGCACAAAGACGUAGAAUGCAAUCAGAGAAGGCAGCUCGAGAAGCCGAGGCUGAGGCAAUCAGGAAAAUACUUGGCCAAGAUUCUGGGAGAAAGAAAGAUGAAAAGAUGAAGAAGCAACGGGAUGAGUUGGCUCAGGAUAAGGCUGCUAAAUCCAGCACACUUGCAUCAAAUACUGUCAGAUGGAUUUUUGGUCCUAGUGGAACUAUUGCUAUUUUUUCUGAAGAUAUUGGCCUACCAAACAUAUUCAAUUCGGUUCCCUGCAGUUAUCCUCCGCCACGCGAGAGAUGUGCUGGUCCAAAUUGUUCAAAUGCAUACAAGUACCGAGAUUCUAAAUCAAAGCUUCCUCUCUGCAGUCUCCAAUGUUACAGGGCCAUACAUGGAAAGAAGCAUCCUUUGAUCUCCUGCUGACAUUUCUAAUUUCUUCCUGCAUGGAUACAGUACUGUCUUCAGAAAAUUUUGCAAGUUGUGAAUCGCAGAACAACCUACUUAUCAUCAGUUCAAUGGAAGUUGGGUCUAACCAGGUUUGACUGCACAAUUUGAUGUGAUACAAGAGCUCCGUUGUUCUGCCUGAUUAUCAGGUUAGACGUGCCUUGUACAUGUUCUUGGCUUCACUAAUUGGUAUUAUAUGCAUUCCUUUUUCGUGCUUCAGCAAAAUGCCUGUUUAUUUUGUUGGAACGUCGUUUACUCAUCCAACCCAUGGUUAUUAAUAUUUAAUCAUAUUAAUAUUAUAUGAUAUGAUACGGGUAAAAAACUAUAUA